GAGACCCAUUUCCCAAACACAUUUUCCAUUUCACUCUCACACACUCUUUCAUUUCUCAGAUCCCUUCUUCUAACCCCCACCCUUUUCUUCUUCUCGUCUCAUUUUCUGUAACCGUUGACACAAACCCUUAAAACAACAACGAAGAAUCACCAUAACUUUCUCACAUACUUUCUCUUCUUCAGUGUCGGAGACUUUGUUUUCGAGAAAUUAGAUCUGGUUUUUCUCUAAACAGUUUGUUUAAUCCACGAGUUGGUGAGAAGCUACGUGGGUUAGUUACACUGUAACAAUCAUUUUGGGUUUUUUGUUUGUUGUUUGUGGUUUGUGGUUUUUGAUACGUUGUACUUGGUCUGAGAAGUGAGAUCUAUAGUUUUGUUCUGUGAAGUUAAGGUAUUUUUUGUCUGCGAAAUGGAGACACUUGUUAUUGUAGCUCAGCAUAGGAACCAAUACUAUGGUGGAUCUAAAUCGCCACGGUUUGGUUCUUCUUCGGCUUCGAGUCACUUUAGGGGUAUUAAUUGUAGAACUUUUCAAACUGGGUCUGGUAUUCUACCAACACCGUUCAAAUCUAGUACUUUGGCUUCGCCGGAUACUAAACUGAAAACCCCUUUAAGUACUCCGGUUUCGAAAUCUGAUAGGAAAGGUUUUUGCAAAGAUGUCCAUAGUAGUGCCCCGGUUCCUAUCAAUGACAAUGGUUGUAGAAAGGAGGUAGCUUUUGUUGAUGCUAAUGGGAGUUUUUUGCUUUCGGAACUUUGGGCCGGCCCGACUUAUUCGAAUUCACCACCGCCUAGUUCUUUGCCUAUUCCGAAAUUCUCUGUUAGACCUAAGAGGACCGUGUCUCUUGAGCUUCCUAUUUCUUCUUUACCGGAGAUUGAAAUGCGACAGUUUGCUUACUCUGCGCCUUGUUCCCCUCGUCAGGAGGAUUCCCCCUUCGCCAAAGAUUUCUUUGUUAACGAUGAUUCUGCGACUAAGACUCUUUGUCGCAUUCUCAAUCUUAACUUGGAUGAUGAUGAAUGAUGCUCAAAGAAGAGCAGAUGGUUACUGUAAAUAAGUCUUUUUUUAAUGAAGUUGGGUUAGUGUUAGUUUUGCUGUGUAUAUAAGGGUGGCCAAAUAAAAGUAUGACUUUGGUUGUUUGAGUUUGUGUAGCAUUCAGUAGUGGUGUAUGUAGUGCCCUUGGUAACAAUGAUUAAUGGCUGUCGUUGGUUGACAUUCUCUGUAAUUUGGAAAUCGGAUCAGGUUUGAAUGUGGAAAAAGGGUAAGUGGGUGUAUGAUGUAUAUGUAAAGCUCUUUUGGGAGCAGGUUUUGGUUUGUGACUUAGUUGACAUUGAUGGAAGCUGCAGGGAAAAUGGUACGGAGGCAGAGAUGACGGUAAUAGGUGGGAGUGGCAUGACGGAAAAUAGUUUGGCCGGAAGAAAGUUACUUGUUAUAUCGAUGAAAUAUAUAGUUCACAGCAUCAUUUCUUCUCAGAAUGAUUAACUUAAUUUAACCUGAUUAAGGAUUUAGACCACUUGCUUUAGUACAUACUUUAGGUUGUAUUGUAUCUAAUCUUGAACUUACAAAACUCGUUAGACAUCAAUCCUUUGGUCCUUAAUCCUCUCUUAAUACUUCAUUUCUUUUUGUUUCUUAUCACAUUAUAUAUAUACUCCUCUAGCCUUGUAGGUGACUUACUGUUUACGAGUUAGUAGAUAGUUACUACCUUUCUUUCAGAUCCUUCUCUCCUAGUUAUCUUUUGUUUCUCCCUCUAUGAGGGCAAAGUUUGUCCCUUCGCCAUCUUUUCUGUUUUUUACCAAGAAAAGCUGGAAGGGUUUGGUUUUAUAUAGUCUUUUGUAGCUGAAUGCUUUAGCUUCUGUAGGUUAAAUCCUUGUCACACUGUAUGUUACUCACCAUUCAUCUAAACCCGUAUAUGUCCCAUUUACGCCUUUUGGUCAUUGCUUCUUUCUAUUGUCUUCACCUGUCUUAUCCUCCAUGGAGAUUGUUGGCUAUACUACGCCGAACUUAAGGGAGGUGUUACUGCACUGAUGCUGUCAUGUUCUACAUGGCUUGUUCAACUUCAAGUUUGUAUCUGUUCGUGAAGUCCCCCAUAGUUCGUAAACUUUGCAGUGUUUUGUUCUUUUGUGCCUUUGUAACUUGUGGAAAUUGCUUGAUCUGUUGAGAUAAUUGCGUAACAACUAUGAUCUACUUUUCAUGUUUUAUGUUCGAGUUAAGAACUAAGUACUUGUAUUCUCUUGUCUUAGUUAUAAGGUUGCUUUGAAAGUUCUGAUACUAUCUAUGCUUUUAAUCUAAUGUGGACGAAUUUGCUUUGUUCUUAAACUGAAAUUUGGUUGUCUCGUAUGUUUUAA